AUGUUUGACAAGCUAAAAAAGAAGCUACACCAUCACAAGAACAAAAGCCAUGCUGCCGCUGCACCUGAGUUGCCGAAGGCAGCUGAUGCGAGGGUACCUUUCCCUGGACUCGAAGAAGAGAAGAAACUCCCAACCAGGAAAGCUGCAAAUUUGUCGCACGCCGACCCACAGCCUGCACCACAGCCAAAUGCUUUUGCAAAAGAUCUCUGGUGGGACGCCCUCCAGAAACUGCCCGCUGCGAAGCAGACUCAACUGAAGAGCAUGGGCUUCGGAAAGAUCGGCUCGGGGGAAUCGGUCGAGACUGGUAUCGACGAUCUCGUGGAGGCUGUCAAUAAGAAGCAGGAAGAGUGUGAAAAGAAAUUCUGGCGUGUCUCAGUUGGAGAUAACGACAUCGUCCUGCGGAACUAUACAACGAAGAUCGUCGGUUGGGUGCAGAAAGCCGGUGAUAUUGCAAUCCAGUUCGCACCGCCGCAAGCUAGUAUGCCAUGGUCUGUUAUCAAGUCCCUCAUGCAGGUCCCCGUCAUUGAAGGGGAACAGAUGGCCGCCUUGCUAGGAGCCACUGAGAAGAUUGUUCGCAUCGUCAGUCGGGGACAAGUCUAUGAACAAGUGUACUUGUCAAAUGUCCCCGGUUCACCCGAAGAUAAACUAUCGAAGGGUCUGCAGGAUGCCUUAUUGAGGAUCUACACUACCUCGUUGGAGCUUCUAGCAGAUUCGGGCGGUCUCUUCUCUAAGAAUACUGCUCAUAGGACCCUUGAUGCGAUCCUGAACCCGGGAAAUGUUUCCAGCGGGCUCUCAGCUCUUGCACAGCAAGAAGAUGAGCUUCUUCGUGAUGUCCAAGCAUGUGAGACUCGACGCAGUGCAGCAGCAGAUGAUCGAAUGAUCGGGAUGCUUGACGCUCUGAAUGCUCCAUUAACACGAGUGGAUAAGAAUGUACAGACUCUUCUUGAAGGGAUGGAGAAGGAAGGGCGCAUUGCAUUGCUGGAAUGGAUUUCGUCGGUGCCGUUUGGUGACCAUCAUGGCAACGUGAAAGAGGGGAGGACACCCGGAACGGGUGAAUGGCUGCUACAAGACAGUAAUUUCUGUAGUUGGGAAGAAGCCAGCUCAUCUGGUAUUUUCUGGCUUCAAGGUUCUCCCGGUACGGGAAAGACGUACCUUACAUCGCGAGUCAUCGAUCUUUAUCAGAGCAUGCUGAGCGACCCUCCCAAAGAUGAGGGCUUCGCCUUCUUUUACUGCAACAGGAAUGAAGAGGAUCGUGGAAAGGCACUGUCUGUUUUCCGAAGCUAUGUGCGCCAACUUUCCACUACCCCGGCCAGUCCCGAAUCAAUCCAGACUGAGUUGAAGGAGGCAUGCUCGAAGGCUCGAGAAAGCGGAUCAAAGCUCAGCUUCGAAACCUGCAAGGAAUUAAUUGCUGAGUCUUUGAAAGUGUACCCGAAGACUACGCUGGUGAUUGACGCUCUCGACGAAUGUGACCCAGAAUCCCGCGAUAUCAUAAUUGAUGCGCUGAACACUCUUGUGUCUGAAACGAACAAUACCGUCAAAAUAUUUAUCUCAAGUCGACCUGAUCCGGAUAUCCAAGCUCUAUUGGUGGGGAGUACCAGUGUCGCUAUUCAAGCAAGUCACAAUCAAGCCGACAUCCAGAAAUUUCUCGAAAUACAACUGGACAACCUCGCCAGAAAGACCGCCUUCAUUGGCCGGAUGAAGGCAAAGAUCAUUGCUAAGCUUCUGGAAGGUUGCCAGGGAAUGUUUCAAUGGGCGUCGUUGCAGGUUCACCAAAUUUUCAGAUGUAGAACUGAGUCAAGCGCUUGGAAGCGGCUCGAAAACCUUCCAGAGGAUCUUCAGAAGGCUUAUGAUGAGAUAUGGAAUGAGAUUGAAGCCUUAGAGGAGCCAGACAAGACCCUCACUAAACGCGCGUUGACAUGGGUAAUGGCCGCACACAAGCCCAUGAAGACCAAUAUGCUCCUAUCUGCGAUCCGUGUUGGUUCAAAAGAUGACGAAGAAUUCUUGGCUGAUGAAAUUGACGAGCAAGGGUUACUAUCGCUUUGUAACAACUUCCUUGUGAUUGAUUCAAAGAUGGGGGUGUGGCGUUUCUCACAUGCUUCGGUCAUAGAAUACUUGGAAAGCAGGCACAGUUGGACCCUUCCUCAGGCACAUUGCCACGCCGCUACUGCUUGUCUCUCGUUUUUCAUCAACGUCUACGAGGAUGGUCUGGAAACUGUGCCCAAUGAAGAGCUGCAGGAGUUCUGGCGGAGCGAAGAGUCCAUUCCAGAUGGAAAGUUCGACAUCAUCGACAUACGGAACCCAUUUCACAUCUACAUUAGACACUACUGGGUCGUCCACGUGCACGGAUCCGGCUGUUUAGAAGAAAGCACGGUGGCAUCCCUUUUGAAGACCUUCCUCGGGGCUCCCGAUGACAGCAGUGUACAAUAUCGGACAUGGUACAGGCAAGUGCGGCUUGAUGCGAGCAUGAAGCCCCUUCUUGAUAACUCAACUGGCUGGGACAUCUCUGGCUUCGAUAGCAAUACCUUCAACUACUACCGCCCUCUCCGAGAACUUCUCUAUAUCAAAAUUGGGUAUAUUUGGGGGAGCGAACUAGAACCAGAAGAUGCCGCCGUUUUCGCCAUGUGUCGCUUCGCAUUUGACAAGAUUCUGUGGGGAUGGUGGGAAAACAGUGAUAUUAAUAUUUCCCGUCUGAACCAACGGGGCCACGACCUUCUCACGGUUGCCGCCAUAGGGGGUAGUGUGCCGAUAUGCCAGCACUUGAUCGCCAAGGGCGUCGAUGUCAACUUCCGGAUAGCCGCUGAGGGAGAUAACAUUGACUACGGAAAUGCUCUUGUUGCAGCAGCACAUAAAGGACGAACUGCAGCCGUCCGCUGUUUAGUGGAAUCCGGAGCCGACGUGAAUAUGUCAUACUCCUAUGGACAAGGGCGAUUUAGGAACGCACUGGUAGCUGCUGUGGAUGGGGGUCAUCUUGAAACCGUCAAGUAUCUGGUUCAGACGGCGAAGGCUGACCCCAACAUACCGCCAGAGGAUACAGAUUACCUGGGUUCUGCUCUGGGAAGAGCAAUUGUACUGAAAAACCAUGAAAUGGUCAAGUGCUUGGUGGACGCUGGAGCCGAUGUGAGUAAGCCGCUAGGGAGCAUUGACUACUACAGCGCCCUUGAGGCUGCCACUCACAAGGGGCAACUCAAGACUGUUAAGUACUUGGUUGAGAAGGGAGCCGAUGUAAACAUGGUUUCCCAACCGUGCAGCCUUGAAGGUUGCUUUCACCAUGGUACUGCCAUUGAAGCCGCAGCGCAUGCUGGAAAGAUCGACGUUGUCAGGUACUUGGCUCAAGAGGCACAUGCCGAAGUGAACGUAGCACAUUCUUAUGGCCAUGGCAGUCCUCUUGUAGCUGCGCUCGCAGGCGACAAGUCGAGGUGGGAUGGCGAUGAUGGAGCCGACGAGGAUGGUGUCGACUACCUGGCAACCGUCAGGUGUUUGAUCCACGAAGCAGGAGCUGACGUCAACUUACCACUUCGCUGUGGUGAAUAUGGCAGUGCUCUUGCAGCCGCAGACGAGCUUCACGAAGUCAAACUUUUGUUGGAAGCAGGAGCUGAUGUGAACAUGCCAUUGACCCAGGGUAAUUAUGGCAGUGCUCUUGCAGCUACCGUUGCAACGUCUAGAGACCCCGAGAUUCUGGAAGCUCUGCUAGAAGCGGGAGCCAAUUUGAAUAUGCCUCUUCCCGGUGGGGAAUAUGGCAGCGCCCUCGCUGCUGCAUCUGCGGAAAAUCAGACUGAGGCGGUCAAAGUCCUUCUACAAGCCGGAGCAGACGCAAAUAUGCAAAUUCCCUACGGAAGCUAUGGCAGCGCCCUUACUGCUGCGUCCGCAAAAGAUAAUACCGAGGUGGUAGGGAUCCUUCUAGAAGCCGGAGCAGACGUAAAUAUGCAAGUUACUGUUGGGGAAUACGGUAACGCCCUGAUAGCGGCGGCUUCAGGUUACGCUGCCACGGAAACAAUCGAGUGCCUUUUGAAAUCCGGUGCUGAUGUGAACGCACUGCCGACAGUUGGAAUUCAUGGAAGCGCCCUGGCAGCAGCAUUUGACUACGAUAUCACCAAGUGUCUGUUGGAAGCAGGAGCAAAUGUGAACGCGCAUCUGCCUCGUGGUGAUUAUGGAAGUGCUCUUGCAGCCGCAGCCUCCCGCAACUUAUCGGAUAUUGUGAGAACACUGAUGGAUGCAGGGGCCGAUGCCAACAUGCCACUACAGUCCGGAAAGUACACCAAUGCCUUUGAAGCAGCAAUUGAUGGAUGGGAUCUUGACAUCCUCAAGGCCUUUAUAGACGCAAAAGCAGAUGUUAAUCAGCCACUGAAGAAGCAAGACUACGGCAAUGCCAUCACCAAGGCUGCGAUGUCUGAGUAUGACAUUGACAAGCUUGAAUUUCUGAUCGAGGCCGGUGCAGACGUGAACCAGACCAACCCCGAGGCAGAAUAUGCGACUGCUCUGAUUGCUGCUGCGUUCUUUGGACUAAAGGAUUCGGCGAAGCGCUUGAUUGAGGCUGGAGCGGACGUGAAUAUCCAGUUGGAUAGAGCGCACCUCCCUACCGCUCUGCAGGCUGCUCAAAUUGCUGUCAUGAAGGAAGAGAUCGAGAAGUUCAAGACAUAUUGCUCCACGGAUGAGAGAGUAGCUGCGGAGGUUAAGGCAUUGGAGGAUGGGAGAGCUGAAGUAGCCGAGCUACUUCGUCAGCAUGGCGCGGCUUCUUGA